CCUGCCGCACCUCCAUCAGCAUUAGCCACUUUCAGCUCAGGCCGACACCAUUCCGCCUCCUCAACCCGUCCGUGACUGCGCCGUGGACCUUUGAACCAAACCAGGACUCAACGAUGUCUCCGAAGAUCAAGGCCGGCUCCGUGGUGGAGAUGCAGGGGGAUGAGAUGACUCGGGUCAUCUGGGAGCUCAUCAAGGAGAAACUCAUCUUCCCGUACCUGGAGCUCGACCUGCACAGCUACGACCUCGGCAUAGAGAACCGAGACGCGACGGACGACCGGGUGACGGUCGAGGCGGCGGAGGCGGUGCGUCGUUACAACGUGGGCAUCAAGUGCGCCACCAUCACGCCGGACGAGAACCGCGUGGAGGAGUUCAAGCUGAAGCAGAUGUGGCGGUCGCCCAACGGCACAAUCCGCAACAUCCUGGGAGGCACGGUGUUCAGGGAGGCCAUCCUCUGCAAGAACAUCCCCCGCCUGGUGCCCGGCUGGAUCAAGCCCAUCAUCAUUGGCAGACACGCCCACGGAGAUCAGUACAAAGCCACAGACUUUGUGGUGCCUGGGCCUGGAAAAGUGGAGAUGACCUACACGCCCACAAACGGAGAGCCAGUCAAAUAUGUCAUCCAUGAGUUUGAGGGCACAGGUGGCGUUGCCAUGGGGAUGUACAACACGGACAGCUCCAUCAAGGACUUCGCCCACUGCUCCUUCCAGAUGGCUUUGACCAAAGAGUGGGUUCUCUACCUCAGCACCAAGAACACCAUCCUGAAGAAGUACGACGGUCGCUUCAAAGACAUCUUCCAGGAGAUCUACGAGAAGGAAUACCGGGCCAAGUUCGAGGCCAAGGGCAUCUGGUACGAGCACCGUCUGAUCGACGACAUGGUGGCCCAGGUCAUGAAAUCCGAGGGAGGCUUCAUUUGGGCCUGCAAGAACUACGACGGGGACGUUCAGUCGGACUCUGUGGCACAAGGCUACGGCUCCCUGGGCAUGAUGAGCAGCGUGCUGAUCUGUCCUGACGGACGCACGGUGGAGUCUGAGGCCGCCCACGGCACGGUGACUCGCCACUACAGACAGCACCAGCAAGGGAAGGAGACCUCCACCAAUCCCAUCGCCUCCAUCUUUGCGUGGACACAGGGCCUGCUCCACCGGGCCAAGCUGGACAACAACACCGAGCUGCGCGUGUUCUCUGAGGCGCUGGAGGCCGUUUGCAUCGAGACCAUCGAGGCCGGUUCCAUGACCAAGGAUUUGGCCAUCUGCAUCAAAGGCCUGCUGCAAGUGAAGCGCUCCGACUACCUGAACACCUUCGAGUUCCUGGACAAGCUGGCGGAGAACCUGAAGGUGAAGCUGGCUAACCCGCCCAAACUGUGAUCUCACCUCCCAGCCCGUUGAACACACACACACACACACGCACACACACACAGACAUCUCCACAGCUGCAGGAGUUGACGCUGGAGCAGGAAGGGAGGGAGGGAGGGAGGAGUGUGUACCCGGGUACUCCAGGAGAUCUACAGUAGACAUGACAUUCCCUCAUCCGGGGCUGUGAUGGAGCAGGGUGCCUCGUCUAGGAGGAAGGGGGGCGGAGGUCUCUGAUCAGUGUCGGCCAUCAUCAUCAUCAUCCCCCUCAUCAGUCGUAGGCAGCCAUAUUCGUGACGGUGAAAACACACGACAUGGACACUCUACUGACCUUGUUUACCCCAAUUGCCCCCGGUCCAGUGGAGUGAGUGAGUGUGUGUGUGUGCGCCGCCAUCGAGUAUGUUCUGCCAAGAAGGUCUUCAUCAAGUCUGUUGGUUUGUAAUCAAUAUAAUGCCUGUUGAGUCCUAAUAUAACUCACAAUAAAUGAGUUUUUUAAGAAA